UACGAUAGCAUACAAUAUUGGCAUUUGGCUGCCUUGGAGACAAUCACUCGAAUGCGACCUAAGCUUGAGCCGAAUCCCAACUUCACUCCCCACCUGGCCGCCAGUAUGGAGCGCGACGGGCGCUCUAUUUCUGUAGCAAACUUUAUUGGCCGAAAUGAUGGUAGCAGGGUGGCUACAAGUCGAAGAGCAAUUUCCAGAUACUCGGAGGCUGAGGUGGGCAAGCCAAGGCCGUUGGAUGUAUCGGCCUCGAAGAGGAUGGUCACCCCAGUAACAGGUGAGUAG